GAAAAGUCGUCUCACUGUCAACUGCGUUUAUUUUCAGCAAACUUAACAAGUGUAAAUAUUUGUAUGAACAUAGCAAGAUUCAACAACUGAGACAUAAACUGAACAAGUUCACACAGACAUGUGACUAACAUAAAUUGAAUAAUGUGUCCCUGCACAAAGGGGGGGGGUCAAAAUCAAUAGUAACAGUCAGUAUCUGGUGUGGCCACCAGCUGCAUUAAGUACUGCAGUGCAUCUCCUCCUCAUGGAGAUUGUGCAUCCGAUUUGCCCGUUCUUGCUGUGAGAUGUUACCCCACUCUUCCACAAUGGCACCUGCAAGUUCCCGGACAUUUCUGAAGGGAAUGGCCCCAGCCCUCACCCUCCGAUCCAACAGGUCCCAGACGUGCUCAAUGGGAUUGGCUCUUCGCUGGCCAUGGCAGAACACUGAAAUUCCUGUCUUGCAGGAAAUCACGCACAGAACGAGCAGUAUGGCUGGUGGCAUUGUCAUGCUGGAGGGUCAUGUCAGGAUGAGCCUGCAGGAAAGGUACCACAUGAGGGAGGAAGAUGUCUUCCUUGUAACGCAGAGCGUUGAGAAUGCCUGCAAUGACAACAAGCUCAGUCUGAUGAUGCUGUGUCACACUGCCCCAGACCAUGACGGACCCUCCACCUCCAAAUCAAUCCCGCUCCAGAGUACAGGCCUCGGUGUAGCGCUCAUUCCUUCAACGAUAUAAGCAAAUCUGCACAUUCACGCAGAUGAGCAGGGACCCUGGGCAUCUUUCUUUUGGUGUUUUUCAGAGUGAAUUGAAAGGCCUCUUUAGUGCCCUAUGUUUUCAUAACUGUGACCUUAAUUGCCUACCGUCUGUAAGCUGUUAGUGUCUUAACAACCGUUCCACAGGUGCAUGUUCAUUAAUUGUUUAUGGUUCAUUGAAUAAGCAUGGGAAACAGUGUUUAAAGAUCUGUGAAGUUAUUUGGAUUUUUACUAAUUGUCUUUGAAAGACAGGGUCCUGAAAAAGAGAAGUUUAUUUUUAUGCUGAGUUCAGUUUGUACGUGAGCAGAAGAGCAUAUAUUGAUAAAGAUCCACCCCCACUUCUCUUUUCCUGUAAUCUCAUCGUGUUCUGCUGAAUGUGGGGGAGGAGUGGACUUGAAUAAAGUAAAGUGUGGGUAUUUCUCUGUUCAACAAAGCAGUGGGGGACUCAGUGGAGCUUCCCUCAGGCUUAGAAAGGGAAGGUAUCAAGUCAAUGGAGUGGAAGUAUAAAGAAAAGGUCAUUGUAGAAUUUGAUGGGAACAUUUCCUUACCAAGAUCACAGUUUAAGGGGAGACUAGAGAUGAACGACAGUAACUUCAGUUUAAUAAUAAGAGAACUGACACUGCAAGACUCAGGGGAAUUUCUCGUUUCUGCCGCAUCAAACAAAGGAGGACAGAUUCCAACCAAGACCAUCCAUCUUCAAGUACAUGAGCCUAUAUCCAAGGUGGAGAUCCAGAAGGAGAUCACGCUUUUGGCCAACCAGUCCUGUUCAGUGUGGCUGCUGUGCAACGUGUCAGUCGGCUCCAACCUCUCCUACACCUGGGAGAGAGGGAAUGAAACAUACAGGGACGACCAGCAGAUACACUUCUCUCUGUCACCAGCAGACGGAGACAUCAGUGUAACCUGCAACACCUCCAACCUAGUCAGUGAGAAAUCUGCCUCGGUAACAGUAAAGUGUAGUAAUGACACAACCACCCCAGAGUAUGAUACAUGGAUGGAGUGGUAUAGGAUCUACAUCGUGGUACCAGUAGGCGUCGCUGUGUUGCUGAUCCUCACUGUAGCUGUGGCAAUGUAUUACUGCAGGGGGUGCUGUAACACGGCUGAUCUAACUGACGACACAAGAAUGAAAGAUACAAGAACAAACAGUCAGGUAAUGUCCAUCUAUGAGACCGUAGACGAUCUGGCCAUCCCAAUUCUGAACAUGCCGCAGACUCUAUAUGACAAGAUCACAUUUGGACGCCAGCCAGAAGACCCCUCUUCUUCCUACCAGGAAGUACUGUAAGCUGAACAGGAUGUGGUCAUAAGCUGGGCUUCUAUAGAUAUAGAACCCUCUGCAUCCUCUGCAUCCUACAUGUGUACCUUCUGUAAUAGAUGUUACCGUUUCAUUUCAUCACAACCUGCACAUUUCUGUUUUUAUUUUCUUACUUGUUCAGAACUGCAACCUUCAUCUGUUCAUGGUCAUUGUGUGGUACAACUUGUUAUUUUCAAGAUAGUCAGUGUUACAUAACUUUUUGUUAGGUUCUAUUGCAUUCUAUUGUUGCAUUAACUGUUUAUAUUUGUGUAAUAACGACUAAUGGCAAUUCAAAACUAUAUUCUUAAAGAUUGCCGGUGUUUCUGUUUGGAAACAAGUUAUUUAUGUUUGUAUGUAUUUUGGUUUAGAUGUGUCUAUUGUACAGUAAAAUGUUUUACAUUC